GCGGCUGGGGCAGCAGCAUGCGUCUGGCCGGACCAUGGGCUCCACGCGGGUGACGGCGAAGGAGCUGUGUGAAAAUGACGACCUGGCCACCAGCCUGGUGCUCGACUCCUACCUGGGCUUCAAGACCCACAAGAUGAACGUCAGUCCGCUCCCCGCCAUCCGGAGGCAGCACCACCUGCGGGAGGCGGUGGAGGCGUUUCGCCGGCGCCGGGACCUGGACGCCGCCUACCGCGCCCUCCUGCUGGGCGAAUGGGCCGGCCCCUACUUCAAGAGCCGCAGCCGCCAGCAGGAGACGGCGCUCAAAACCCACAUACUCCGCUACCUCCGCAUCUUCCUCCCAGAGAGCGGCUUCGCGAUCCAGCCGUGCAGCCGCUACUCCCUGGAGACCAACGGCGCCCAGGUGGUGUCCACAAAGUCCUGGGGGAAGAACGACAAGCUGGAGCUGCUGGUGGGCUGCAUCGCGGAGCUGACGGAGCCGGACGAGAGCCUGCUGCGGGCCGGGGAGAACGACUUCAGCAUCAUGUAUUCCACGCGCAAGCAAUGCGCCCAGCUCUGGCUGGGCCCCGCCGCCUUCAUCAACCACGACUGCAGGCCGAACUGCAAGUUCGUCCCGACGGAGGGGAACACGGCCUGCGUCAAGGUGCUCAGGGACAUCGAGCCGGAGGACGAGAUCACCUGCUUCUAUGGCGACGGCUUCUUCGGGGAGAACAACGAACUGUGUGAAUGCCGCACCUGUGAGAGGAAGGGGGAAGGUGCCUUCCGGCUGCGGAAGAAGGACCCCUUGCAAUCUACCUCAGCCCAGAAGAAAUACCUGCUCCGGGAGACGGACGGGCGGCUGCAGCGCUGGAAGGGGCGGGUCUCCAAACAGGCGCAGCAACAGAGCAUGAGGCGGCGGCGCAGGGCCCGGCGCAGGAGGGAGCGUGGCCGCGCUUCCCGGCUCCGAGCUCUAUGCCGUGGGCCGGCCUCCUCUCUCGCGGCUCUGGGCGCCGGCCCGGCGAAGGACCUGCGGAUCUCCCUGCACGACUGCGUGGCCUGCCGGGCCGCGGGGGGAGCCGGCUGUCGGCUGCGGAAGCCGCUCUGGGUCACCCUGCCGUGGUGGCGCCCCAGGGCCGGGCAGCCGGGCCCUGCGCCAGCCGGCACCGUCGUCCUCCGUCGCUCCCUGCGCAGACGCCGCCGGGCGCAGCGGGACGACAGCUGCUGCACGACCGCCGGCCUGGGUGCCCCGCGGCCCACGUCGCCCGGCCCGACCCACGUGGAGCUGGGGGGCAGGCUGCCGAGGGGGCUGGCCGGGCAGGGCUCUGGGGCGGAAUCCCCCCUGGCUGGGGAGCUGCACGGGGUCAGAGCCGCCGGGAGCUGCCUCAGACGGGGCCUGGAGGAGACUCGGCCGUGCGCAAGGCCCUCGGGUGGAGUUCUGGAGCUCCGGGCUGGGGUCACGGGGCCCCCUAGUGGAGCUCUGAAGCUGUGCGCUAGGGACACACAGCUCCGUGCUGGGGACUCAGGGCCCCCUGGUGGAGCGCUGGAGCUCCGGGCCUGGGACUCGGGGCCCCCUGGUGGAGCUCUGGAGCUCUGUGCUGGGGACUCGGGGCCCCCUGGUGGAGCGCUGGAGCUCCGGGCCGGGGACUCGGGGCCCCCUGGUGGAGCGCUGGAGCUCU